GGUGCCGGUUCCCCGGUUCCGGUGCCGCCGCCCCGCCCCGCGCCGCCGCUGUUCGCCGCCGCCCCCGCCCCGCAGCCAUCGCGGCGGCCGGGAUGGUGCCGGGAUGGCCCGGCCCGGAGACACCUUCCCGCUGCACCGGCUCGUCUGGCACAACCGGCACCAGGCGCUGGACAGCGCCCUGCGCUCCGGGGCGCACGACGUGGAGCUGCCGGACCCCCGAGGACGGACCCCGCUGGAGCUGGCCGUGUCCCUGGGCCACCUGGAGUCGGCGCGGGUGCUGCUGCGGCACAACGCCAACGUGGGCCGCGAGAACGCCGGCGGCUGGACGGGAGGCAGUGAGCACUGGGGACCCCGAGAUGGUGCAACUGGUGCUCCAGUACCGCGACUACCAACGGGCGACGCGGCGCCUCGCCGGCAUCCCCGAGCUGCUCAGCAAACUACGCCGGGCAUCCGACUUCUACGUGGAGAUGAAGUGGGAGUUCACCAGCUGGGUGCCACUGGUCUCCAAGGUCUGUCCCAGUGAUGUCUACCGCGUCUGGAAGCGCGGUGAGAGCCUACGGGUUGACACCACGCUGCUGGGCUUCGAGCACAUGACGUGGCAGCGCGGCCGCCGCAGCUACAUCUUCAAGGGAGAAGAUGAAGGAGCGGUGGUGAUGGAGGUGGACCACGACAAGCAGGUGGUCUACACGGAGACGCUGGCCCUGGCCCUGCACGAGCCUGACCUGCUGCUGGCGGCCAUGCAGCCCUCGGAAGAGCACGUGGCCGGGAGAUUGACGUCCCCCAUCGUCUCCACGCACCUCGACACCAGGAACAUCGCCUUCGAGCGGAACAAGUCAGGGAUCUGGGGGUGGCGCUCAGAGAAGAUGGAGGUGGUCAGCGGCUACGAGGCCAAGGUGUACAGUGCCAGCAACGUGGAGCUGGUCACCAAGACGAGGACGGAGCAUCUCUCUGACCAGGACAAGUCACGCAACAAAGGCUCCAAGACCCCAUUCCACUCGUUCCUGGGCAUCGCGCAGCAGCAUGGCACCCACAAUGGGGCGGCCAGCCCCACCAACCCCACGGCCAUCACCCCCGAGGAGUACUUCGACCCCAACUUCGACCUGGAGACACGCAACAUCGGGCGCCCCAUCGAGAUGUCCAGCAAGGUGCAGAGGUUCAAGGCGACGCUGUGGCUGUGCGAGCAGCACCCGCUGUCACUGGCGGAGCAGGUGACGCCCAUCAUCGACCUCAUGGCCAUCUCGAACGCCCACUUCGCCAAACUCCGUGACUUCAUCACCCUCAAGCUGCCUCCUGGCUUCCCCGUGAAGAUUGAGAUCCCCCUCUUCCACGUCCUCAACGCCCGCAUCACCUUCAGCAACCUCUGUGGGUGCGACCAACCGCUGGGCUCCGUGCGGGUCUGCGCCCCCACCCAGCCCCCCAGCACCCACCCCCCCGGCCCCAAAGGCUGGCCGUUCCCAUGCGAGGUGGAGGCGGGGGUGUUCGAGGUGCCAGCGGGGUACACGGUGCUGGGCGCGGGGCGCAGCGAGCCCCUGCGGGACGAGGACGAUGACCUGCUGCAGUUCGCCAUCCAGCAGAGCCUGCUGGAUGCAGGCACGGAGACCGACCAGGUGACCAUCUGGGAGGCACUGACCAACACCCGGCCCGGCUCGGAGCCGCCCCCGUACGACGAGGAGCUGCAGCUGGAGCGGGCGCUGCAGGAGAGCCUGCUGCUGCAGGCGGGUCCUAGCGCCGCCGCCCCGGCCGCUGGCAGCCCCCCGGAACCCGGGGCAGGACCCCCGGCGCCCCCCGGCGGGAUCGGCGGCAGCUUCGCGGAGCAGCUGCGCUUGGCCAUGGCGCUGUCGGAGCGCGAGCAGGAGGAGCGGGAGAGGCGGCGGCGGGAGGAGGACGAGGAGCUGCAGCGCAUCCUGCGCCUCUCCCUCACCGACAAGUAGCCACGGGGGCUGCUCGGGGGCGACACCUCCCCCCCGGCAUCGCAAGGCAUGGGUGGACACCCCGACACAGGCACAGCCUGGGGUGCCCCCCCCACCUCGUGCCAGGGCCCCCCUGGCUGCGGGCACAGUGGGGGGAAUCGAUCCAGGGAUCCUCCUACCCCCGGCCCCCCCAAACUGGGCCCCGAGGGACCCCGCUGUGGGGACCCCAGCCCCAAGGACACCCCCGGCCCCAGGAUCCCUCCCCCGAUCUCUUCGCUGUUGUACCCCGGGGGGGGGGGGCAGGGUGGAGCCGGGGGUCCCCGUGGGAUGUGGUUGAGUCCUGUUUAAAGGCCCCCCCAAACGUGGGGGCUGCGGGCACCCCCCAGGCCUCUCGGUGGCAGUGGAAGGGGGUCCCCAAAUGUAUGUACAGAUCCAUAUACAGAGAGCUAUAUGUACGGGUGUGUGUGGAGUG